AUGCAUGUACGUGCAUGUGUGAACCAGGUGGGGGGUGUUGCAUUGAAUCACUGAAUGCAGGCCGAGGCGGCGCUUCAUGAGGCCCGGUCCCGGGCCGCAGCUACAGCCGCAGGCGCUGCUGCUACAGCCGCCGCCGCCGCCGCCGGCACAGAUGCGUCGUCUGUAGCAGCCACGGCUGCUGCUGCGGCGGCGAUACCAGGGCUGCAGCAGCGCCUGAAGGCGGCGGAGGCGGAGCUGCUGGAGGUGGAGGAGGCGGCGGCGGCGGCGGCGCUGGGGUCGGAGGCGGCGGCGGCGGAGCUGGCGGCGGCGCGGCACGGCCUGCAGCAGGGGGCGCAGGCCGAGGCCGCUGACGCGGAGAUUGAGAUCCACAGCAUACGAGCUCAGCAGCAGGCGCUGGAGGAGGAAGAGGCGGAUGAAGGACGCGAGCAGGAGCAGGGGCAGCAUCACAACCAGGACAUGCCGCCGGCGGCGGCGGCGGCGGCGGCGGCGACGGCUGGAGCGGCAGUCGGGGUGUCUGGUCCGCCGUCGGCUAUUAUCACGAGUGCCGGCGGCGGGCGGUGGCGGCGCUACGACGCCGCGAUUUUGGAGCUGCUACAGCCUCCGGCUGGAUGGGCUGAGCACAGGGGCGGUAGCACAGCCGGCAGCGGCGGCGGCGGCGGCAGUAGCACAGCCGGCGGCGGCGGCGGUGGCGGCAAUAGCACAGCCGGCGGCAGCGGCGGUGACGGCGGCGGCGGCCUGGCUGGACGGCUGCUGGGGCGGCUGUGCGACGUGCUGCAGGUACGGCAGCAGCAGCAGCAGCUACUGCUACAGCCACAGCCGCCCGCGGCUGCUACUGCCGGAAGCGCUGGUGUGGGUGCUGCUGCUACAGCCGCAGCAGCGGCAGCAGCCAUUGCGCAGCAGCAGGAGCAGCUGCUACUGCCGAUCAACACAGCUCUGGGCGAGCAGUGCGCGCUGGCGAGCACACUGGUGGUGGCGGACCGGCGGGCGGCGGAGCAGGUCAUCGCGCACUUCACGUCGCGCCGUGUGGGUCGAGUCACGUGCCGCAUCCUGGACGAGCAACAGGACGCGGCCGCCUGCUGGCCCUCCCCAUCCGCGUCGUCCGCCGCCCCCGCGGAUCCCGAGGUGGUGCCACUGCUUUCGCUGGUGGAGCCGCGUGUGGGGGUGGUGCUGCAGGAGGCAGCGGCGGCGGCAGCGGCGACGGCGACGGCGACGGCGACGGCGGCGGCGGCGGCGACGGCGGCGGCGGCGCCUGGUGGAGGCGGCGGCGGCGGCGGCGGCGUUAGUGGCGGUGCGGCAGGUGGCAGCGGCGGCGGCGGCGGCGGCGGCGGGAUUUCGGCGCUGGCGGCGGCGCUGCUUGGCGGCUGGGGUCUGGUGGCGGACCCGCAGGCGGCACUCCGCGUGCAGCAGCGGCAGCGACAGCGCGGGGCGGCGGCGGCGGCAGGGGCGGCUCCACGUGCGCUCAACCUGGUCACACGCGACGGCGCCGUCUUCAAGAGCGACGGCGAGAUUGUCGUCCACACCCCGCCACAGCAGCAGCGGCAGCAGCGCGCGGGUACAGGCGGUGGCGGUGGCGGUGGCGGUGGCGGUGGCGGCAGAGGCGGCGGCAGGGGAGGCCGACAUCGGCAGCAGCCCCAGCAGCCCCAGCAGCAGCAGCAACAGCAGGCGGCGGCGUGGGAGGAUGACCUGGAAGCCUACUGGGUCCGUUUUGCCACGUCAGCAGCUGCUGCGCGACCACAGCAGCAGGCGCCGCCGCCGCCUCCGCCCCAGCAGUACCAGCAGCAGCAGCAGCAGCUGCAGGGUCACGGAGCCUCCGUCGCCGCGGCCGCCGCCGCCGCAAACGGCCGCCAGGACGGCGGCCGGUGGCAGCAGGACCGGGUGCGUCAACACCCGGACCAGGAGCAGCAACAGCGAGAGCUGAAGCAGCGGCAGCGGCAGCGGCAGCGGCAGCGGCAGCGGCAGCGGCAGCGGCAGCGGCAGCGGCAGCGGCUGCGGGAGUGGGAGCAGCGGCGGCGGCAGCUGGCAGCGGAGCUGGCGGCGGCGGAGGCGCGGCACAGGGCGGCGGUCGCGGCGGUGGCGGCGGCGGUGGAGGAGUGCCGUCGAUUGGAGGGAGAGCUGCGGGAGCGGGAGGAGGCGGCGCGCAAGGCACGCGGCCAGGCGGCGGCGCUUCGACGCACCGUGUCCCGACUGAGGGCACAGCAGCAACAACAACAGCAACAGCAACAGCAACAGCAAGAGGAGCAGCGGCAGCAGCGGAAGGACAUGGCCCAAAGCCAGGGCCAGCAGGGGCAGGGCAGGGGCCAGAAGGGAGCGCGAGGGGGCGGGGCCGAGGAGGAGGAGGACACGUUCGUGGCAGCGCAGGCCGCGCUGGUCGCCGACCUCCAAGCCGACGUGGUAGCGGGGGAGCAGCGGCUGGAGGUGCUGCGCCGCCGCGCCGCUGAGACCGCCGCACAGGCCGCUGCAGCUGCGGCAGCGGCGGCGGCGGCGGAGGCGGCCGCUCACAGACAGCGGGCUGGGUCUGCUGAGGUCACUGAGGCUGACGGCGCCGGCGGCGGGAGUACAUUAGCGGCGGCGGCGGCGGCGCAGUUGCGGUGCCGUUCGCAGCAGGGCCGAGAAAAGGCGCUUGCGCAGCUGCGGCGGCGCGUGGAAAAGGCAAAAGCGGACAGCGAGGCCGCGGCGACACCCGCGCGCAAGGCCGUGGCGGCGGCGGCGGCGCAGCGGCGGGCGCUGGCGGCGGCGCAGGCGCGGCGGGCGGCGGCGGCCAAGGAGCGGGACGCGGCGGCGGGCCGGGCGGCGGCGCUGGAGCCGCAGGUGGCGGCGGCUGCAAAGGCGCAACAGGCGGCUGCAUCGAGCGCACGCGGCGCCGAGACGGAGAGGCGGGCCGCGGCCAAGGCGCUGCAGGAGACGCGCCGCCUGCUCACCAGUGCGACGGCUGCUCUGGAAGCGGCGACGGUGCGUGUGGCCACCGCCGCCGCCGAGGUGGCGCGGCUGGCGGCGGCGGCGGAGCAGCAGCGACAGCAGCUGGCAGAGACGGAGGCGGAGGCGGCUGCCGCGGCGGCGGAGGCCGGGGCGGCAGGGGCGCUGCAACCACCAGCCGCGGCGGCGGCGGCUAGGGCGCAGCCGCAACCGUCGGAACUGACAGGGCGGAGUCGGCAGCAGGCUGCAAUUGAUGAUGAGGAUAGCGCGGAUGAAGAUGAUUUUGAGUCGCCAGCGCAGCCGAAGCCGCAGGCGUCCGGGGCAGCAGCAGCAGUAGCAGCCGGCGCUGCCGGCAGCAGCCGGCGGCGCAGCAACGGUACAAGCCGUGCCGGCGGCGGCGGCAACAGCAGCAGCAAGGGUGGCGGCGGCGGCCGCAACCGCCGCCGCUCGGCGGCGAUCGUUUCGUCAUCCUCCUCAUCCGAGGACGGCAGUAGCAGUAGCAGCGGCGGCGGCAGUAGCAGUGGUGCCGAGGAGCCGAGCGAGGAGGGGGAUGGCGGCGAGGUGGCGGGGAGGCAGAACCGAGGGCGGGGGCAGCAGCCGCAGCCACGGCGGGGGGAAGGCGUGGCCAGCCGCAAACCCAACAAGCAGCAGAAGCAGCAACAACCACAACCACAACAACCACAACAACCACAACAGCGAGUCAGGCGGCCGGCCAGGGACCGGGGCUUGGAUAUGGAGGCGGAGGGGGCGGAGGGGGCGGAGGGGGCGGAGGCUGUGGCGGGUGAUGAGGAAUGGCUGGCGGCGGAGGCGGAGGCGGUGGCGGCGCAGGGGCGGCAACUCGAGGCGGAGCGGGCGCAGAUCGACCCAGCAGCACUGCAGGAGGACGUACGGGUGCUGCGCGAGCUGGAGGCCGCCGCCGCCGACACCGCCCGACUGGAGGCGGCGGCGGAGGCGGCGGCGGCGGCGCGGGAGGCGCUGCAGGGCGAGCGCUACGGCCGGCUGGCGGCGGCGCUGGUGCAGGUGAACGCGCACCUGAGCCGCAUCUACGGCACGCUCACGGGCGGCGCGGGCGACGCCACGCUGGCCUACACGCCCGACCGCGCACUGCUGCUGGCACACGGCGCCGCACUGGAGGUCAGGCCCGAUGAGCACAAGUGGCGGCCCUUUGCGGCGCUUAGUGGCGGGCAGCAGGCGCUGGCGUCCCUAGCCCUCAGCCUGGCGCUGCAGGCGGUGGCGCCCUCGCCCUUUUACUUCUUUGACGAGAUAGACUGCGCACUGGACACAGCCGCAGCAGCCCGGGUCGCCGACUACCUCGUGGGCUCGGCGGCGGCCGCGUCGGCGCAGGCGCCUGCGGUGGCGGCGGUGGCGGCGGCGGUGGCGGCGGCGACGGCUGGAGCUGGCGCCAACACAGCUGGGGCAGCUGGCGCGGGGACAACGGCCGCGGCGGCGGCGGCGGCGGCGGCGGUGGCGGCGCCUCCGCCGGCGGCUCAGUACAUUGUGGUCAGCCACAAGCCGCAGGUGUUUGAGCGCGCCGGCUGUCUGGUGGGCGUGUACGGCCUGGGGGACGGUAGCUCGGCGGCGGUUGUGGCGGCGGGGCUGGCGGCGGCGCCGGCAGGAAUGGUGGUGGGUGUGCCAGGCAUAGGUGGGGGCGGCGGCGGCGGCGGCGGCGGCCUGGGUGCAGCAGCUGUGGUGGAGGGCGGGCUGAUGCUGGCGAACUGAACCAGGUCACAUUGCCUGUGUGUCGCUGUUUGGUGAGGAGCUAAGAGAGAUUUAGUACGGUAUGACCUGUAGCAUUGCGGUGUGUGUCGUUAAGGUUUUACGGUACUGGCAACAUCACCUGUGUGGAGGAUUCCAGUAGGUUCUCAGGCUGCAGGGUCCUAGGUCCUAGGUGCGGCAUGCUACCAGGCUAUGUACUGGUGUAGGAGGCAAGACGGCAUGUGGGCCAAGGACCAAAGCGUUUCAACAGAAUAACUUAGAACAGGACUUCCUGCAAACAGGGUUUGGCCCAGUGCUGCAGCUCUUGUCAUGUAACCCCCAGACCACUGGUCUGUGGCGCACGUUGCAGCAUGAUGUCCUGCAAAUCGGAUUUGGUCCAAUGCUGAAGCUGCUGUCAUAUAUAACCGCAGACAACCGCAGACAGGUCUGUGGUGCAUGGUGCUGCGUUAGUGCCAUUGGCUGCCAGGCGAUGGCGCUCUGCGUUGUGAGGCUGUGGCGGGCUGCGGCUUGCUUGGCUUGAACCCACGGUAUAGUGCUCGAGACACGCUUCGUGCGAAGAUUGAUGCAGUAACUAAGGCAGUAUUGUGCAGGUCGGCAGCCAGCAGUGUGUUUGGGCGCCAGUCGUUAGCGGUCAGGCUGGACUGGUGGGCGGUGUGACGGUGUCUGACCUGGCCCGCGUCCCAUGCGGAUUUAGCGAGGUUAGCGCGUGAGAGAGCUCAAGCAAGCUUGUCUUGACUUGAGCUACUUGAACGACCUUUCAUUUAGCGAUUUCAGAGUCAACGACCCGUCAAAAGCAGCCGCGUAAGGCAGCCGAAUAAUUGUAAAUACCGAGACGGAGCAUGUUUUGUCUGUCGACCGCCUGUUCUGCUGGUCCGCGGAGCAAGGUACCUAGGCAGACCACUCGCGGGGCACGUGCGGGUUACAUCAGCACACGGGAAGGCGUGACAGCCAGGGUGGGCGGUUUCUCUCCGGGCCAGAGAUGUCCCACAUGUCGUGCAUGGGGAAACACUGUGUCCGUACCCGUUCCAUGUCAGCAGGCAGCCGCCUUUGCGGCUUUGCCGUUGUAAGCCCUUGACUCUGCUGCGCGCUGCUGCUUUGUUGAAAGAUAUGGCACCGGUUGACCAAGGCUCCAAGCCUCCAAGGCGCAGAGUAAUCAGGGAACGUGAACUGACUAUGCUGCCAAUUCGGCCCUACACCGCUCAACAACACCGCAUAUAUGACAGAGUUUG